UGUCCGGAGGCAAUGAAGCCGGCUUCAGAUUGGGAAGUUCAUCAGCGUCAGGGUGUUUCAGUAGAGAGUAUAGCGCCACCGCCGCCUUUCUCGCACGAGCAGUAUCCGUUAUGAUCGAACCUAGGAUAACGGUUGACAUUUACAUAACGCCUCUGCAUCAGCCCACGUGGUGGUGGUACUGGUCGUCGUCGUCGUCAGACGUGGAGUUGGAGGCUUGGAACGCCACCGACCGAAGAAGAUGAAGCUGCAACCAGGCCUAUCUGCGAUCGUCACCGGCGGAGCCUCCGGCAUCGGUGAAGCACUCAGUUCUGCUCUUGGAAAAAAAGGAGUUUUUGUCACAAUUGUAGAUUUAUGUGAAGAAAAGGGAAAGAAAGUUGCCUCCAUGUUUGAAAAAGACUUUAAGGAGCUUUACCCAAACAUGAAAUCUCCUUGUUCUAUGUUUAUUAAGUGUGAUGUUUCAAAUCAUAGUGAUCUUGUUGCUGCCUUUAGGAGGCAUUUGGAUGUAUUUGGGGGAUUAGAUAUCUGUAUCAAUUCUGCUGGCAUCGGUACUCCAGUGCUAUUCUAUAAGGAUAAAACAGAUGGUACAUGUUCUUGGAGACGUACUGUACAUGUGAACCUGAUGGCUGUUAUUGAUUGCACUCAACUUGCGAUUCAAGCUAUGCAAACAGGAGGGAAACCUGGAGCUGUUGUGAACAUUGGCUCUGCAUCAGGGAUCUAUCCUUUCCCGGCUGAUCCAGUAUAUUCAGCUACAAAAGGAGGUGUGGUUAUGUUUUCUAGAGCUCUUGUCCCAUAUAAGAGCGAAGGAAUACGUGUUAAUGUUCUGUGUCCUGAGUUUGUUCGUACUGACAUAUCUGAGAAGGUAGACAAGAAACUGAUUGAAUUAGCAGGAGGUUUUUUGCCAAUGGAGAUGAUUAUAGAUGGUGCAUUUGAACUUAUUGAAGAUGACAGUAAAGCCGGUGCUUGCUUAUGGGUUACAAACCGUAGAGGCAUGGAAUACUGGCCCAGUGAAACAGAAAAGAGAAAGUACCGAAUCAAUCCAUUGAAGCCAAAAGCCUUGAUGCACCAAAGUCAGUAUAAUGUAGAGAUACCAAAUAGUUUCCUUAAAGUAAUCGUUCGAAACCUUGAUCACAACUUCCGAAAGGCUACAGAAGUUGUAAGAGCCCAGUUGAAUUAUCCAAUUAAGUCUGACCAUGUUGUUGUGAAGAUACUGUAUGCUGGUGUAAAUGCAAGUGAUGUCAAUUUUACUUCUGGUCGUUACUUUGGUGGCAAGGAGGCAUCAAGCACUCGUCUUCCAUUUGAUGCUGGUUUUGAGGCUGUGGGUUUAGUUGCAGCUACUGGAGAUAUGGUUAAUGAUAUUAAAAUCGGCACUCCUGUUGCAGUUAUGUGUUUCGGAGCUUAUGCUGAAUUUACCACGGUCCCUGCAAAACAUGUUUUUCCAGUGCCAAAGCCUGAUCCAGAAAUUGUGGCUAUGCUUACUUCUGGGCUCACUGCAUCGAUUGCCUUGGAACAGGCUGGCCAUAUGCAAUCUGGACAAGUGGUUCUUGUUACAGCUGCAGCUGGGGGAACAGGACAGUUCGCUGUGCAGCUUGCAAAAUUGGCAAGAAAUAAGGUGGUGGCAACCUGUGGUGGUAAGAGAAAAGCUGCAUUCUUAAAAGAGCUGGGAGUUGAUCGGGUCAUAGAUUAUAAAUUUGAAGAUGUUAAAGCUGUUCUGAAAAAGGAGUUCCCGAAAGGUGUUGAUGUUGUCUAUGAGUCUGUAGGUGGUCAUAUGUUUGAUAUAUGCUUGAAUGCAUUGGCGAUUUAUGGACGGAUGGUUGUCAUUGGGAUGAUUUCUCAGUACCAGGGUGAACACGGAUGGAAGCCAUUGAGUUAUACUGGACUAUGUGAGAAGAUUCUUGCAAAGAGCCAGACUGUGGCUGGGUUUUUCCUCAUACAGUAUGGCCAUUUGUAUAGAGAUCAUUUGGACAAGUUGUAUAAUCUCUUCUCAGCUGGUAAAUUAAAGGUAUUAGUUGAUCCGAAUCAGUUCUUUGGACCGGGUUCUGUGGCGGAUGCAGUAGAAUAUCUACAUUCUGGUGAAAGCCUUGGAAAGGUGGUUGUCUGUAUGGAUCCAAGUUUCAGUAAGCAGAGAGCAAAAUUGUAAAUGUUCGCAUGUGCAGAGAAGAAUGACUUCGUGCCAACUUGCAUACAAUUCUGAAAAAUAAAAUAAUACCAUCCUUGGAGAAGUUGCAUACGGGUCGCUGCUUGGAUAAUAAACAUCAGGUCUUGUAUGAAUUAUUCCCUGGAGAUUACAUGGAUAUAAAUGGACGGCCGUCUUGUUCUA